AUGAGAGAUAAACAACAACAACAAGAACAUCAUCAACAACAACAACAUAUAAUACACAAUAACAACAAUAAGAAACAACAACAAUAUAUGUUUGAUGUAUUGUUCAAUCGAAGUGAUCACAUGAAGUUGCCUGGACUCACAUACUUGUCGGCAACUGAUUAUAUUACAGUGCCAACUGGCGAGUUGGCCGUGCAGAUUGUGGACAGAGCAUCCGGCAGCUUUGUGUCUGUGGACAAUGGACGAGACAGCUUCACACUGGAGAACGACACUGACUACACAUUGAUCAUCAGCGGACUACUAUAUAAUACAACAGCGCUCACCUUCCUCUCGGACAAGGACCUUUACUGUGGCGACAAUCCCCCGCCUCAGUACCAUCUGCGCCGGACCUCUCUACGAUUCCUGCACUGUUCGCCCACGCUUGGACGCGUCGACUUUAGCGUCGUGGGCGGCGCCACACUCUACUCUGACGUCAACUAUAUUGGCGGAGGCAAGCGAGCAUCGUCCAACACCAACUACAUCUCAAUACCUAGCAACCCUUACCUCUUCUUUGUUCACGAGCCCGCGAACACGACCAACGUUUACAUUCCUGGUGGCGACACACCUCUGCUGGCGGGCGGCCAGCCCACACUGACCAGCAUCCUAAUGGUCGGAUCUCCAAACAGUACCGACUAUCCACUGCGGCUACUCUCAAUACCCUAUCCAAAUAGUCGCGCGGGAGACUCCUCCCUCUUCCAGAAGCAGCUACCAUAUACACAGACCAAUGUCCAGGUGCCACAACACUCGAGUCUAUCGGCCACCACCAACACUGGCUCCUCAACAUUAUUCAAGUUCACAGUUGCAAUACUUUCUUUCAUUCUCUUGGCUGGAAUCACUGUAUUCUAA